AUGGCCGCUCCUCGCUCCUCGUCUCUGCGUGCCCUUCGUCUACUUUCGCAGCACCACCACGCAACAUCUGCCGUCCGCCGCGGCCUACACAUCACAGGCGUCAACUCGGCCCAACCGGCCAACCCGGCGGACAAAGCUUCCCUCUAUGCCUCUCGUACCUUGUCGGACCUCAAGGCCGAGUGUCAGAGGAGAUCAUUGCGUAUUAUCGGUUCCAAGUCGGAUCUGAUUGAACGUCUCUCCAACCACGAUGUCCUCCAGUCUCGCGCCUUCAGUAUAGCCAUGAAGCGCAUCAACGGCAGUGCUUUUACCGAGAACAACACCCGGCAAUUCAACACAUCCCGCGCCCAAAAGGCCGUCAAUGACUCCUCCACCGUUGACUUUGCCUACAUGCCCUCCCUCGCCGAGCUGGAGGCCCCCGUCUCCCGCACCGCAGGGCCCCAGGUUCCGAUUCUGCCCGACCUCUACUCCACAGCAGCGGCUGCUUCGUCUCUUUCUACCACCAUUCCUGCUGCUGCCGCCCCCAUGAAACCCCAGAUCUAUACCGUCUCCGGUAACGCGGACGUCUCGGCCAGCCCCAUGAGCGAAGUCGUCGACAACCACGCCAUGGAUAUCGACCCUUUUUCCCUGACGGAGACGGUCAACAAGGCCCGCACCAACGAGGCCAUCCAGAGACAGAGCGCCGGACACCUGGAACCAGGCGUCGUGCAGCAGCUCUGGAGCGGGUUUUUGGAUGACCUCUUAGGUCCCAAGCAGAGUACCAAAACUCACUAA